CCAUGGGCGAUAAAUAAAAUUGAUCAUUUUAUCUCUUGCUCUCUGCUAUUGCAGAUUAAACUACUUUUAGUCAUUUGAAUAAUUCUCAAGAAAAAAAAACAUGCGGGAAAUAGUUCAUUUACAAGCAGGUCAAUGCGGAAACCAAAUUGGAGCGAAGUUCUGGGAGGUGAUCUCCGAUGAGCAUGGCAUCGACCCAACUGGUAGUUACCAUGGCGACAGCGAUCUUCAACUCGAAAGAAUAAACGUGUACUACAAUGAAGCUUCAGGCGGCAAGUAUGUACCUCGAGCAGUCCUGGUAGAUUUAGAACCAGGAACCAUGGACUCCGUGAGAUCAGGCCCAUUUGGACAGAUAUUCCGCCCGGACAACUUUGUUUUUGGUCAAAGUGGUGCUGGCAACAACUGGGCAAAAGGUCAUUACACUGAAGGUGCUGAAUUGGUAGACAGUGUGCUCGAUGUCGUCCGCAAAGAGGCAGAAGGAUGCGAUUGUCUUCAAGGGUUCCAACUGACUCACUCACUUGGCGGUGGUACUGGAUCGGGAAUGGGAACGCUUCUAAUCAGUAAAAUUCGUGAAGAGUAUCCUGACAGAAUUAUGCUCACUUUCAGCGUGGUCCCGUCUCCAAAAGUUUCCGAUACCGUCGUCGAACCGUACAACGCAACGCUGUCCGUUCACCAACUUGUUGAAAAUACCGAUGAAACUUACUGUAUUGACAAUGAAGCACUUUACGAUAUCUGUUUCCGCACGUUGAAACUAACAACUCCAACUUAUGGCGAUUUGAACCAUCUUGUGUCAGCUACCAUGAGUGGCGUCACGACAUGUCUUCGAUUUCCAGGACAGUUGAAUGCCGAUCUUCGUAAACUCGCCGUAAAUAUGGUGCCUUUCCCUCGUCUUCAUUUCUUUAUGCCGGGAUUCGCUCCCCUCACAAGCAGAGGAAGUCAGCAGUACAGAGCCCUGACAGUUCCAGAGCUUACCCAGCAAAUGUUCGACUCGAAAAAUAUGAUGGCAGCUUGUGAUCCACGACAUGGGCGAUAUCUCACUGUUGCAGCAAUGUUCCGUGGCAGAAUGUCGAUGAAAGAAGUGGAUGAGCAGAUGUUGAACGUGCAAAACAAGAACAGCUCCUACUUCGUGGAAUGGAUCCCCAACAAUGUCAAAACAGCAGUGUGUGAUAUUCCUCCACGUGGUCUUAAAAUGUCAGCAACUUUCAUUGGUAACAGCACAGCUAUUCAGGAGCUCUUCAAACGCAUUUCUGAACAGUUCACCGCCAUGUUCCGCCGCAAGGCGUUUCUGCAUUGGUACACCGGUGAAGGUAUGGACGAGAUGGAAUUCACGGAAGCAGAGAGCAACAUGAAUGAUUUAGUCAGUGAAUACCAGCAAUACCAAGAUGCUACUGCUGAAGAUGAAGGCGAAUUUGACGAAGAAGAAGAGGAAUAUGACGAAGGAGCAUAAGCUGGAAGUUCCAUCUUCAAAUGCUUACCCUAUACGCACUAUAUAUGUAUAUUUGUACCCAUCCCCAUCUUUUCCCACUUAACUACAUCUACAAUGUAAACACGACCAAUAGAAAAUAUCACAUGAUUGUCGGACGUUGUGAAAGAAUCUUCAAUGUACCAAGAUUCAUGUGUUCACGGCCUCUCGUUUGUGAAAUGUUUAUUUGACAAGUCUCCUGUCUAUGACAACUGGAUGGUAGCACGAUCUUGUAGUUUUUUCUGCUCUUGUUUGCUUUGUAUUCAUCUUCUUUGUGUCAUUGUCAUAUUUUUCUCAACAUUUACUAGCAUUUUCUUAUUGAACUAAAUCACCAUUCCUAGUUGGCCAAUUAUUUCAUCGCAUGGUUGGUUACGUCCCGCUUGGACACGUUCCACCUUGUGAAUAUUUUGAAUAUCGUCAUUAGCGUUCAUGCAGUGCCCGCCCUUCUUUGAGUGCAAUGUUAUAAUAUUGAGCCUGCCACUUAAUAGAGUUUCAACUUUCUACCCUAAUUGUUCUGUUAAUGCCUUUAAAUGCUAUUUUUGACAAAAGUAUGUGCCUUCCUUCCGGGAAUGAAUAAAAUUUCGAGACAGUGA